ACAACCACACCUGAGGCACGAGGAAAGUGACAAAAGAAAUGCAGAGACAUGAAAUGCAAUCCAGGAAAAAGUUCACUCGGUGUUCAAGGAAGCUACUACACAAGGCCUUGCUACUACGUCACCAAGGGCGAGACACGUGUGAACCGAUCAGCGAGUUCAGAGUGGAAUCUCCUUAAACCAGGAACGUUUGAACUGCCAGUAAGAUAACGGAUCUUCAACUCAGUGUCUCAUGUUUCAAACGAGAUCAAUUAAAGUACAAUAAGUAUCCAAUUAUCCAACAUUUUGGGCUUGAUGGUGAAUUCUUUAGGUAAUUGAGGUCAUAACGUCGCUCUCCCUCUCUGGUAUGACGUCACGUGGUGAACAGUAAGGCCACGGAAAGUUUGGAGUGCCUUUGAUAAAACUGCGAUUUCUCCAACUGUAGUCAUUUUAAUAACCGAAGUUGGGGCGUACAUUUAACUCUUGUUCUAAGAUCUCUUGAAACUAUGGUGAUGAAAGUGAUGCCGAAGUAAUUUGGUAUAAUAUGUUCACUCACUUGGCGAUAAAAUGACAUUCAAUACAUAACCCGGUCUUUGUCAAUUUAAAACUGUGCACCCCUGAAAAAUAAAUGAUGAAAUGUUAUAAGACAACGAACUUUCUGUAUGACUUCUGUCCGCCGAAAUGCCUCACUCACGCGUAAUUUCCAGAAUAAUAAAAGAUUUGCGUAUUAAUAUAACAUAAGCUCUCCUCACACACAUUCUAUCCUUGGAAUACGUCUAUUAAGUCUAAUUCCAAGCCCCAACAGAAUGGAGAACCGGCGAAGACUCGUCAUUGGAAUUGCGUUGGCAUCAGGCAUUCUGCUUCUAUUAGUACUAGUCACUGAAACAGAGAAGUCAAGCCCAAGAUUCGCCUCGAGCGGGAACAACGAAACCAAAGAAAAUGCAGUGGCGAGUGCAACGAACAAAAAGAAUGUUACAACCGGAGGAAAAUCAUCCAUUCACUUCAAAUCGCCGCCCAAGAACUCAUUGGGUGCAGGUCCUCCCGAGCAGAUCUCGUCGCAAGAAAACAGCAACUGCCGCUCUCUGUUCUCCAUAACCGGGACGCCGAGAGGCGAACUCAUCGUGAGCAAAGGAGCACCGGUAGACGAGAUCACUUCCAAAGGCGAAUCCAGUUUGCCCUUCGCCUUCCCCUUCGUCGCAGAAAGUCGCUCAACGAGCAACCUGAACCGAGACAGGCUUUUCGGGUCGUCGGUUGUCGAAGAAGUCCUGCGGAGAAGGCAAGGGGGCGGCGCGAUGAUCAGCAGCCAAGAGUAUCAGAAGUUAUCGCUGCUCCUCCCGCGGCUCGUCUACCACGGGAACGGGACGUCUGAGAGAACCAAAAAAGAGGAAGAAACAGGAGGACCAGGCGGAGGAGGAGAGGGUAGUGGAGAAAAUAACCGGCGCGUUCCGCCCAUCCUUUUGGGCGACAGUCGAAUCGCAGCCGCCGGAGGGACGUUGCCCUUCGUUCCCUGCGCCGUAGCGCCUUACGACGAGCCGUCGGCGACCGUCUUUUGUUUUCGGAAGAGGAUCGAGACGAGAGGGCAGCUCUGGCUUCUGUUCAUGGGUGAUUCGAAAGUUAGAUUCGUGAUGGCUGAGCUCCUGAAUCAACUAGAUCAUUACUACCACUUUGAAAUCAAUAAUGGACAGAAUUGGUCAAGCGUAGAGCACGUGCGAUUCAAGAUGAACAUCAAUGCCUACUCGAAGCUUGAACCUAGCCUGCGCAUCCAGUUCAGGAUGGCCCCAUUUUACGUGUCAGUAGCGUCCAUGAUGCGGUAUACGGACGAGGUCAUGCAGUUGCAAAGAUGGGUUGCAGGCGUAGAGUUACCCCCAGACGUCCUUGUCAUUGGUUACUCCUCUUGGCUCCUGGAACGCUCCCGUCAUGACCCGGUGUCCCACGCGCGGGAAACCCUGGACGAACUGCAUGACCUCCAUAAGAUUGUUGUUCCUUUGUUGGAUCAGCUCUCGCGCCAAACGCGGGUCCUAGUACUACCGCAAUCUCGUCUCAGGAGAACGGACCCAUGGUAUGACGUAGUACUAAACAGCGUCAUGAGUGACGCACUCUUUGACUGGAACGAUUCAUACUUUCUUUAUGAGUUGCGAAAGUUCAGAGAACAUUCACGAGAUGUAAACAACGUUGGCUAUAGUGCGAAUAUACAGUCUGAUUCCACCACUGUCAGUAUAGUUAAUCCUGAAGCGUCCGAUACCGUGAAACAAAGACAGUAUGUUAAACUUCAUAAUAGUAUUCUGGACAAAGAAAACAAAUCCACGGAUGGCAAGGAAACGAAAAACAAAGUAAUAUCUGUGGCUAGCAUACACAAAAGCAGCAUUCGGUCUAAUGAGACCUCAUACCGCGAUCAUCUCACAUCAGGCCUCCGCCAUCCGGGACUGUGGUGGUGGGAUUCAAGCUUGCCGCUCAACAUGGCCGACACAUCAGAAUGCAACGAACUUCGACUCAGACACGGCAGCCAUGAUUUACUACGAAGCAGAGAACUGAACUGCAACGAUGCCCACCACUCGGGAAGGAUUACUCACCGGGAUCUUGUCACCAUGUUGCUGAAUCUCAUGUGUAAUUCUAUUCUCAAGUCGCCUCGCGAAUUCUGUUGUAGCUGACUCCGCCCGUCGUCAACUUGCCGUUUCGUUUUGUAAGGCUUGCAGCCUCACAUCUUGUGUAAACGAAUUCAAAAUUUUUAAUUCGCAUAUAUUAAACGACCAAGAAUUACGGAAAGGUUUCUUUUUAGCCUUUGUUCUCCCAUAUAGUAGAUAUUAUAUUAUGAUCAAUACAGACUUGCUGGAGCAACUGAUACACAGGAUCAUUAUAAUUUGACAGACUGCCACAGAUCAUUUACAGUUUAUUUGUCAAUAAUCC